AUGCCCCUACCCACAUUCUCCAGACUUAGGAAAGACUGGCCAGAGUUCAAGGCAGUCUGGAAGUCGAUGGCUGAGUCUGCAAGUUAUGAUAAAACUGCAUUAGCACACGAACUUAAGAACUCAGUUAAAGGAGAAGCCAAACAACGCAUCAAAUCUGUUUUUGUCACCAAGCCCGAAGCUUACGACAUCAUUUGGGAAAAGCUAGAGUGUAACUAUGGAGAUACUACUGCCAGUGUACAAGCUGCUUUGGAAGAUCUUCAAAGGCUAAAACCUGUAAAAGAAGAAGAUUAUAUAGCUCUGGAUGAAUUAGUGGAUGAAGUUGAAUCUGCCUACAGUCAAUUGGAAAAACUCAGCCAGCUAAACACUUUAACCAUGCGAGAUGUAGACAACCUAACUGAUUUGUUACCUACCCAUCUUAAAGUCUUAAAGUAUCGUGAUUUAUCGUCUGCGGAGAAACUUCAACCAUUUACUCCACUAAUGAAGUUCCUAGACAGAGAACGUUCAGUUGUGGCUCAUUUAGCAGAGAAUCGGCAUUCCAAGAAAAGAGGAAAUGACAGUGCAAGAGGGUACAGCAAAACCUAUCAUAUUGAAAGAGGUGCAAAACACGGACAAAGAACCUACUACAAGUGUGCCUUCCCCACCCACAGAAAAGACACCAUAAAUCACACCACCGAACAGUGCAAAGAAUUCCAGAAGUUGUCCAUCAGCGGUAAAGAUGGCAGAUAUGAGUUGUUGAAGCAGGUAAACGCUUGUUUCAAAUGUAUUGGUAAUCAUAGGAAGCUUAACUGCCCCAAGAAACUCCCAUGUUCCUCAUGUGGCAGUGACCAACAUCAUUCCAUGCUGUGCAUCCCACCAAAGCUCCCAAAAGAUUCCGGGGAGAAAUCGAAAACUGGAGAUGAUGGGAACAAGGAAUUAGCAUCCUAUACCGUCGAAAGUGAUUGA